AUGGGAGGUUUCUCGAGAAUCUUGGGCUCUUCUUCAGACGGACCUGCAUAUGCCACAGUACCUGUAGACAAUAGCGCUGCAAUGGAAGACAAGAUCGUGGCAGAGCAACAGGACCAGGGACAACAUGCGCAUGCGUAUCCUCAGCAGACCUACCCACAGCAGCAUCAGCAGCAGCAUGUCGUGUCACCACAACCAUCCAUAGGCCACUUUCAACCCGCACAAGCUGUCUCGCCGGAAACCAUCUCUCAGGCAAGAUUCUCCCAGGCGACAUUCCCUCACAACACUUCGCCAUGGCUUGACCCGCAAAGCCCCAAUCUUCGAGAUAGCCCCGGCUACGAUCGCACCUUUGACAGCCAUAGAGGACUCAUGGGCAAUGACCCCGCCAAUGUGCCUUAUGAGAAAGCACCUGAUGUUCAUGUUGUCAACCGACCAACCAAUGCCGUCCAACCCAAGGGGCCGCUUUUGUACAGGGCGAUGAAGAGCAAGUGGUCUAUGAUUGCUUGCUUGGCUAUUGGAGUUGCUGCCGCUAUCGGACACCACUUCUUUUACAAUCACCUCGACGGCCGCGAAGCUGUGAAUCAACAAUGGAUGCUCCGAGCUGGACAACUCAUUUCCUUUAUCGCCAACGCCAACUUUAUCCUCGCUGCAGUCAUGGCUCAUCAACAAGUAGCUUGGCGAGCGGUAGGUCAAAAGGGAUUCUCAAUCCAUGCCGUCGACUCUCUGUUCGGUGCCACUCACAACCUCGUCGAGCUUUUCAACCGCGAGGCUUGGGCCAAGUCUUGGUUUGUCAUGUUUCUCGCUCUCUAUAUGUGGUUCAGUCCUGCUGUUGUUAUUCUUACCUCAGCUACGCUGUACGUUGUUCCUGGCGAAAGCGUUCAAGACACCCUUUGUCCGUCUAUCCGCACUCUCAAUUUUAGCAACGAAGCGAAAGAGAGCUUCCAGACCCCCAAGAAAGCUGAGGGUGAGAUCAUGAACGGUCGCUCUCUCUCUGGCUACAACUGGACGGCCACUGGAGGCAACCUCGCCGAUGAUGCCAAGACCAACGACAACGUGUUCGAAUACUACAACGUUCCUUCAUCUUCUUUGGACCGAAUCGCUGCUGGUGUGUUCUCGAGUAGUCAGACAACUUACAAGGCCAACAUUUCGAAAGAAAUCUGUGGAGACGGCUGGGAUUGCUCAACGACCAUCCAUUUCGUCGCUCCUGGAUACAAGUGCGAGGAGCUUGCUCGUGGCGUCGGAUCCAAGAUGAAGCAGUUUGGAAAUGCCGAGCCACCCUUCAAUCUUAGCGACCUUGUCCCUGCUGGUAACUACACCUACCUCGCUAAUACAGACCGCGGAGAGUACAUGCGACCGCAGAUAGACAACGUCACCAUUGGUGGUAUCCCUUCUGAGGAAGAUGGUCCCGACUUCCCCAAGAACCUUGGCGUCUUCAGGACUGAGCCCAGCAUUUGGAUCGGCUACGCUGAGGUUCAAGACCACACCAAGGAGCAUGCAAAGGAGCAGGACGCUGAUGGAUGGUAUGACGACUACACUCCGGUCAUCUUUGCCUGCGAUCAUUGGGAGGUGAAUUACACUGUGACAUUCAAUUACACCGCAGGAUUCCAGAAGUACGACAUCACCGAACGGGAGUACAAGAAGAAAAUCAUCGACACGGAGUGGAGUAGCUGGACUAACGAGUCUACCGAUGGAACAGCCGAUGGAAACGCUGCCGUACCUGAGAAGAAUUAUGUCAGCCCUCGCCAGCAUUACGCUAGGUAUCGUCGAAUUGCCGCGUUCCACAGUCUGGGACUACGACUUCGGGAAAUGCUCUUUGGCAACGUCAAGGUUCAAGGUGUCGUGCUAGCAGACGGUGCCAUCACUACAACAAACCUUCUCGACCGACACGAGAGUCUUCCAAUUCACGACUUCCAGCGAGAAGUGAGCCGUAUUUACGAGGACCUCAUCAUCUCACUGCUCUCUGACCCCCAGUUCCUCGCCGUUGCUUGGGCAGCUGACCCCUCCAAGCUAUCUGGUACCGGCGUUGGCGGAGAAGAGACCAAUUACGCGUGCGAGCGACGUCGCAAGGCCAACUUCUUUGACUACGGAUGGUCCAUUCUUGUCGCCGUCUAUGCUGUGUCUUUUGUCAUUGCAUCGAUUGGUGUUUACUACGGUAUACAAGCUAUGACGAGUGAUGGUACAGAUGCGCAACGUGUAAUGACAUUCUCUGCUAUCGCUGGUGCGACUAAGAAGGUCACCGUGGAUAAUGCUGAGAGGAAGGCAACCAAGAUUAGAUGUUUCCCUACUGAGGAACGACCAGGAGAGUAUGAGUUUAGGGCUGAGUUAGAGGGAUGA